UGUCUUCUUCAGGAUGGUUCACGUAUUUGUGGUUGUAUCAGCGAGCUAGUGCCUUAUCCAUUUGAAGACGCUCAAACAAUUUAUCAUGCUGUGCUCAGAGGUCGACGGGUCUCCAAAAAUGGUCCAAUGCUUGGACAUCGUAAACGUCAAAGCGAUGGCAGCAGACCAUAUGUGUGGAUGAGUUACCAAGAGGUAAUUGAUGCUGCAGACAGCUUAGCAUAUUCGUUUGGUCAUAUUGGAUUAAAACUGGGUCAAGAAACGUUCAUUGCUAUUAGUUCUAAAAAUCGACCAGAGUGGGUAAUCAGUGAACUGGCAACUUUUCGCUUUGGAGCUGUUUUGGUCCCGCUAUAUGACACUCUGGGAAAACAAGCACAAACAUUUUCGUUAAAUCAGGUUGAAGCGGAAAUUGUAAUAUGUGAUACAGCAGUAAAAGCUACAGGUCUGUCGAUAAAAAAUUCUGUAAAAUAUUUUUUUAACUACUUUUAUCUGGUUUCUAAGGCUGAAGAAAGUGGCAUUAAAGUUUAUGCUUUCAACGAACUACUAAAAAUAGGCCAUUCAGAGUCAGGCAAUCUACAACUUCAUGAACCAGAACCAGACAAACUGUCCAUUAUAUGCUACACCUCAGGAACAACAGGACAGCCAAAGGGUGUAAUGUUGACUCACAAGAAUGUAAUUGCAGCCACUACGUGUCAUUACUCUUUAAUGGAACAUCCAGCAAAGGAAGAUGACGUAUAUAUCAGUUACCUACCACUAGCGCACAUGUAUGAGCAGAUCUUAGAAUGUGCCUUAUAUGAAGUUGGAAGUGCAAUAGGUUUCUAUAGUGGCGAUAUCCGAAGUCUAGUUGACGAUAUGACUACGUUAAGACCUACACUGUUUUCACUAGUUCCAAGAGUUCUAAACAGAAUUUAUGACAAAGUUCGUCUUAUUAGAAAACCUGUUUCUAGUUUUAACAAUUGGGGAAUCAUACGGAAAGAUACGAUUGUCGAUGGCGUUUUUAAAAGAGUUCGUGACCUCCUGGGCGGAAGAGUCAGAAUGAUGCUAGUUGGUUCAGCGCCAGUGACCGGAGAUGUAAUGACCUUCGCUCGGGCAGUGUUUGGCGUCACAGUCUUAGAAGGUUAUGGUAAGUGGGAAACGAGUACAACUACAAAAGAACAGGACUGCAGUACCACUGGACACGCUGGAGUUCCGAUGCACUGCUGUGCUAUAAAGCUAAUAGAUGCCCCUGAACUAAAUUAUUACGUUGACCAAGGAGUUGGCGAAGUAUGCCUUCGAGGAUACAACGUUUUCAAAGGAUAUUACAAAAAUGAGGAACAGACAAAAGAGACUCUCGACAAAGAUGGCUGGUUACAUUCGGGUGACAUUGGUCGAUGGACUGAGACUGGGUGCUUAAAAAUCAUUGAUCGGAAGAAAAAUAUUUUUAAGCUUCAACAGGGCGAAUAUGUAGCACCGGAAAAAAUUGAAAGUACUUACGCAAAAAGUGAAUUUGUUGCUCAGUCAUUUGUCUACGGAGAAGGGUUAAAAACAUGUCUGGUCGGCAUUAUAGUACCUGAAAAAGAGAGUCUUGAAAAAUUAGCUUCCAAUUUGAAUCUGGAUGGGCUCUCAUAUGAACAACUAUGUUCAGAACCAUCGGUCAAAGAGGCUCUUCUAGAAAUUCUAACUGACGUCGGUAAAAAACCUCUGUCAUUUUGUCCCAUCACAUACUUUGAAGCCCAAAUUAAUGACAUGUACUCCAGACUAAAAUAA